AGGAGUUGUCUGUAGUGGUGGUGCUUUGGUUACCAUGGGUGUGCUGGGGAGAAGAAGUAUGUGCUUAGUGCACUUCUAGAGAAGAAGAAUACAGUAAUUUUGGUAUUUGAGAAAGAAUGUUAGGUGACAUCAGCACCUUUUAGCUCAGUUAGUAAUAAUUGCCAGCCAUCGUAGGGUACCAUUUGAGAAAGACAUGAUCUAGAAGAGGUGGCAGUGCCAUUUUGGAUAGUGCAAGAGGUGUUCCUGAUGUGAUGCCUAUCUACAGGGGUUGUGGUUUGCGUUUUCCCAAACAAAUUUGCAGAAAGGAUCCAUAUUGUGCAAGGCCUUUUGAAGGGCUGAACUUUGUGGACGUUGGUUGUGGAGGUGGAAUUCUGUCUGAGCCAUUGGCUCGAAUGGGAGCUACUGUAACAGGGAUCGAUGCUGUGGAAAAGAAUACUAAAAUUGCACGCCUUCAUGCGGUAAGAUCUCUUCCCAUAUACUGA